GGAAGGGGGCGUGGCUUAGGCGUGUCGCUGUGAAAGAAGUACACAAUUAACACACAUAUUAACUUCAUUUUAUUUUGUUCACCGACAUGGAGUCAAAUGUUACCAACGUUGUGGAUGUCUCAGCUUAGACAUUAAAUGUCCGAGCGAUAUUAUCGUGAAGUCGCAGCAGUGUGGAGUGGAUUGACUUCUUAGCAUUAGCAUCUUAGCAUGUGCAAGAUGGCGGCCCGGCUGUUGUUGUUGUUGGUGUUCAUGGCCUCCUGCUCGGCCCUCCACGCCUUCUUCACGUCUGUUGGUCACAUGACGGACCUUCUGUACACAGAACAGCACUUGUUGGCCUCGCUGAAGGAUUACAUCCACGCCGAGGAGAACAAAUUGGAGCAGAUUAAAAAGUGGGCCGAGUACCUGGACGACCUCUCUGGCCUGGCCCUGCAAGACCCCGAAGGCUUCCUGGGACAUCCCGUGAACGCCUUUAAGCUGAUGAAGAGGCUCCGUAGCGAAUGGGCCGAGGUGGAGACUCUGGUGCUCACCAACGUGUCUGACGGUUUCAUCUCCGACCUGACCGUCGGGAGGCAGCACUUCCCCAACGAAGUGGACCAGACCGGUGUUGCCGAAGCCCUGCUGAGGCUGCAGGACACGUACGAGCUGGACACCAACACCCUCGCUAAAGGAGAGCUGCCAGGAAGCUCCUCCCUCCGCAGCCCCCUGACGGCGGACGACUGCUACGACCUCGCCAUGGUGGCGUACCAGGAGAACGACUUUUACCACACGGAGCUGUGGAUGUCCCAGGCUCUGAGGCAGCUGGACCAGGGAGAACCGCCCGGCGCCGUGGACGCCGUCACCGUCCUGGACUACCUUAGCUACGCCCUCUACCAGCAGGGGGAGCUGGAGAGCGCUAUGGAGUACACCAAGCGGCUGCUGAAGCUCGACCCCAGCAUAAAGCAAGCUGAGAUGAACCUUCACUACUUUGAGUAUCACCUGGACAAGAUGAAGAAGGGCGAGGAGACUGAGGAGACGCUCAGGAUGGGCGGAGCUGAGCCACACCUGGACCACGACAAGACGUAUGAGAAGCUGUGUCGUGGAAAGAGCACUGAGAUGACCUCACGCAGGCAGAGUCGCCUCUUCUGCCGUUACCAUGACAGCCGUCGCCAUCCGAGGUACGUGAUUGGGCCUGUGAAAGAGGAAGACGAGUGGGAUCGUCCCCGCGUCGUCCGAUAUCACGACAUCGCGACAGACGAGGAGAUGAGCAAGUUUAAAGAGCUGGCGAAACCCAGGCUAACACGUUCCAAAGUGGUGGACAGUCAGGCCGGUCAUUCUUACGAGGCCGGGUACAGAAUCUCAGAGAACGCGUGGCUGGGACAGCACGAGCACCCUGUGGUGAACAUGAUGGUCCAGAGGAUCGGGGACAUCACCGGCUUGGACGUGUCCACAGCAGAGCAGCUGCAGGUGGCAAACUACGGUGUGGGAGGACAGUACGAAGCACAUUAUGAUUUUAACCGGGAAGAUGAAUCCGACUCCUUUGCAGAGCUGGGGACAGGAAACAGAAUCGCCACCUGGCUGCUUUACAUGAGCGACGUGCAGGCAGGGGGCGCCACCGUCUUCACUGAUGCAGGAGCCGCGGUUUGGCCCAAAAAGGGCACGGCCGUCUUCUGGUACAAUCUUCACCCCAGCGGAGACGGAGACUAUCGGACCAAACACGCCGCCUGUCCCGUCCUCGUGGGAAGCAAGUGGGUGGCCAACCUGUGGUUGCAUGAACGAGGACAGGAGUUCAGGCGGCCCUGUCCCCUUUGACGGUCCCAGUAAGCAUGUUUACCAACAGGACUCUGCUACCAGAUUGUUUGUACGCCCCUGUAUCGGUGUGUUACCAUGGCGACCGUCUAUUGCGGGUCCGGUUCUUGGAGACUCGCUGCUUGUUUUUGUCACUGCUGACUAAUCGAUUAUCACAACAUUUCCUGUUGAAUGAAACAUCA